AUACUGACUAGGUCUGGACUAAGCUGCGUCCAGAGAUGAUUUUUAUUUAAAAAAGGGAAAAGGACACAAACACUUUGGAGACAAGAGUAAGUAGACGAUCGUGACUCACUGCGACCUUGUGUGAGGAAGGACAGACUGGAAGUGUGUUUACCAGAACAGACUUAAAGAGGUGCUGCCUGUUUGACACGCAGCAGUAGAAAUGGCAGAGAGGGAGAGGAAGAAGAGGAAGCGACCUACCCCUGCAGCCUCAGGCCCUUCCUCCAUGUCUGAAGAGCCAAUCAGCUCCUGCAGUGACCCAUCUAUCAGUUCUGAGGCGAGUGAACGUGAGUCUGCAGCUCCCAGCCAUGUUUCUAUGAAGAGUGAUCGAUCCAAGUAUGAGCCUCUCACUUUUGGUGUGAAAAAACGAAAACAUUCUGAGACGAGUGAAAGUGAGUCUGCGGCUCCCAGCCAUGUUUCUAUGAAGAGUGAUCGAUCCAAGUAUGAGCCUCUCACUUUUGGAGUGAAGAAACGAAAACAUUCUGAGGCGAGUGUUACUGACUCUGCGGCUCCCAGUUUUGUUUCUAUGAAGAGUGAUCGAUCCAUGUACGAGCCUCUCACUUUUGAGACAAAGACACAAAGGCAACUGAUUGGGGAGCCAUCUAGCUGUUCAGUGUGUAAUGAGGAUCUGAGGGAUCCAGUCCAUUUCUCCUGUGGACACUGGUCAUGCAAGCAGUGUGUCAGUUCAGAAUGGGACCAGUCUGACCCACCAGCAGACUACCCCUGCCCUGAAUGUGGAAAGAAACUCAGAAAACACCAGCAAAAUACAGACGAAGACACAGGUAAAGCAAAGAAAGCAAAACAUUUCAAAAGAACAAUGCAAAAGAAAUAUGCUUCAACAUCUGAUGAAAAUGAUGAUGAAGAAAGCUCCGUAGAAGACAUCUACACAUCUCUACACAUCACCACUGGAGAGAGUGCAGGGCUUCAUGAAGAACAUGAGUUCAGAUACUUCAAACAUAAACUGGACAAUAACUCUGUGGACCUCAAUGAUAUCUUCAAACCUUUGCCUGGCCAAGAGAAACCCCACAGGACAGUCCUGACGAAGGGCGUAGCAGGAAUCGGAAAAUCUUUUGCUGUACAGAAGUUCAUUCUUGACUGGGCCAAAGAAGAAGCAAACCAGGACAUUGAUUUUGUUUUCAGUUUUGCUUUUCGAGAGCUAAAUUUGACUACAGAUGAGAAAAGCUUGCUUGAGCUCCUGACUGAAUUCCACCCUGCUCCCCUGAGUCUGAAAGAUACAGAGGAUUUCGUCAAAGACAGGGUUUUGGUGAUCCUGGACGGCCUGGAUGAAAGCAGACUUCAACUGGACUUUGAGAACUGUAAGAGAGUAACGUCUAUCAGUGAAGUAACAUCUGUAGAUAAUCUCCUUGCAAACCUCAUCCAGGGAAACCUUCUUCCUAAUGCUAAGAUCUGGAUAACUUCCCGUCCAGCAGCAGCCAGUCAGAUCCCUGCAGAGUAUGUCAACAUGGUGACGGAGAUAAGAGGGUUCAAUGACCCACAAAAAGAGGAAUACUUCAGGAGGAGAUUUAGUCAAGACUCGAUGCUUGCCGACAGGAUCACUUCACACAUCCAGUCUUCACAGAGUCUCGACAUCAUGUGUCAGAUCCCGAUCUUCUGCUGGAUUUCUGCCAUAUUAUUUGAGGAGGUCUUUGGGGGAGAUGAAAAAGCAGAAUCUCCUCAAACUCUGACAGAAAUGAUGGCACAUUUCCUGUUGGCCCAGACAAAGCGCGGAAGCAGAAAAUAUGAGCAGAAGACAGAGAAAAACAAAGAGCAAUUUCUCAAGUCACAGAAAGAAUUUCUCAUGAAACUCGGCAAGCUUGCAUUUGAUCAGCUGCUGCAGAACAACCUCAUCUUCUAUGAGGGAGACUUUGAAAAAUGUGGCAUCGACAUAAAAGAAGCAGUGAUCUACUCUGGAUUUUGCAACGCAGUUCUCAGAGAGGAAAAAGUGUUUUCUCAGAAAAAGGUCUUCUUCUUUGUGCACCUGACCAUACAGGAGUUCUUCGCAGCUCUUUAUGUCUACGACUGUUUCACAAACAAGAACACAACUGAGCUCAGCGACUUCCUCGAUCUGAAGCAGAAAGAACAUUCACUGCUUGAUCUUCUGAAGAUGACAGUUGACAAAGUGCUGGAGGAGAAGAACGGCCACCUGGACUUCUUCUUGCGAUUCCUUUUUGGCCUCUUGGUCGAAUCCAACCGAAGAGUCCUUCAGAGUCUGCUGACAUCACCAGAACCAAGCCAAGAUACCGACAAGAAAGCCCUGACUCACCUCAAAGCCAUCCGAAGGAAGAACCUCUCUCCAGACAGUUGCAUCAACCUCUUCCAGACCAUGGUUGAGAUGAGAGACAACAAAGUCAAAGAUGAGAUUCAGGAAUAUCUGCGAUCGUCAGAUCGAGAGAAAAAGGAGCUGACUCCCCUGCACUGCUCUGCGGCGGCCUACAUGCUACAGGUUUCAAAAAGUGAUGUGGAGGUGUUGGACUUGAAGAGUUACAACACGUCAGAUGAAGGCAGAAGGAGACUGAUACCAGCUGUGAGGAGCAGCAAAAAAGCCAUACUAGCAGACUGCAAAGUGACAGCAGAUUGGGUUAAGCUCCUGGCCUUUGGUCUCAAGUUCCCCUACUCACCUCUAAGAGAUCUGGACCUGAGCAACAAUGACCUGAAAGAUUCAGGGGUUGGGUUGCUCUGUGAUGGACUGUCAAGUCAAUGGUGCAAACUGAAGAAACUGAGGUUGUCAGGUUGUCAGAUCACAGAGAUCGGCUGUGAUUCUCUGGUGUCAGCCCUGAAAUCAAACCCCUCCCAUCUGGAAGAGUUGGACCUGAGCUACAACCAUCCAGGAGAUUCAGGAGUGAAGCUCUCUGAGCUGAAGGAUGAUCCACAGUACAAGCUCGAUCUCAACAUUGAGCAUGGUGGAAGUCACCGGAUGAAACCGGGAUUUAAGAAGUAUGCCUGCAAGCUCACUCUGGACCCCAAAACAGUCCACAAGAACCUCCGUCUGUCUGAGGAGAACAGAAAGGUGACCUGGGUGAAAGAGGAGCAGUCAUAUCCUGAUGAUCCAGAGAGAUUUGAUCUCUGCCCACAAGUGCUUUGUAAGGAGGGUCUAAAUCAGCGCUGCUACUUGGAGGUGGAGGUGGAUGAACCAUUUAACAUCGGGGUAACAUACAAAACCAUGAGCAGAAAAGGGGAUUUGAAUGAUUGCAACCUGGGUCAAAACGAGAAGUCUUGGUCUCUGGUUUGCUCUGAUGAUGGUUGUUAUGUUAUGCACAACAACGAGAGAAUCAGCGUAGGUUCACUCUGUUCACGCUCCAGUCGGUUAGGAGUGUAUCUGGACUGGCCAGCCGGCACUCUGUCCUUCUACAGAGUUUCCUCUGACAGUCGAACUCGCCUGCAUACCUUCAAAACAAAGUUCACUGAGCCACUCUAUCCUGCUGUUCAAUUUCACAUUCAGUCCUCUGCUUUGUUUUGUCAGCUAACGUAAGCAGACCUUUCUACACUGCAACUCAGCCAAGGGUGUAGAUCUGCAUGUGAAUGGUCGGGACAUGUCGUUUUAGACGCACAAAGGAUUAGCUGCUCCUAUUCGUCUGUAGCAUGUCUGUUCAAAGCAGAGUUGUUGAGAAAGUAAUAUGGAUGGAGAGAAAGAGAGAGAGAGAGAGAGAGAGAGAGAGAGAGGCAGCAAGAUAUAAAUGACCAACAACAAUCAGCUUGCUGUGAGCUAUGUGAAUAUAACCAGGAGUUUGAGGCAUGCUGGAGGCUGAUCUAACAUGUUGAAGUAGUGGUAGAGGUAGUCAGUUAUAUUUGCAGUAGGUGAAGUCAGAGAGAUGGACGUAUGAAUAGAGCUGAUCCAGCGCCAACACUCCGCUUUGCUGCCAGUUUGUCUCAGUGGCCCAAAAGCAUAACCAGCAGCAACAGCAAUUUCCCCAUAGACCAACAUUAUAAGAGAUGCCUGUAAAACGGUUGACAGGACACCUGGAACUGCUUGCAAAGUAAAUGAUUACUUUGUGUAUCAUGAUAUUUGGAACAUGUGUAGAUUUCAUUUUUGUUUAAACAUUUCCCAGAACCUAGAAAAAUGUUAAAGUAUAUAAGUUGCAAUGUAAAGUCUAUGGGGGAGCGGAAACGUCAAUGUCAGAAACUUGAUAUAAGUGUGCAGUGAGCCGGCUGCACAGUGAGGAAGUCAACUCGAGAGCUAGAAACUUUUUUUGGACUCUGAGCUCAGUUCUCAAUUUGUACUGUUAGGAAAAUAGAGAACAAUGUUAUUUUUAAGGGACUAAAUUAAGGUAGGAACUGCUAACAUGGCAAGAACACUAGCUGUGUGUAACAUAGUCUAAGUUGGCCUGAGUUGUACAAGCAGUGUUGGAUAAGUAACAUGGGAAAAAUAUUAGUAUUGUUGUAUUACAUUACAAAUGACUUUACUUUAAACAUGACUUUCCUACCCCUCCUACCCUAGCAAUUAGAGCUAUUUGGUUCACUAAUUCCAUUUUGAAGAUAUGGAGAUCUGAUUCUGUACUUUUAUACCAUUCCUGUUUGCAGACAGGGAGUCAUCUGGUUUGUCCUGAGGAGCACCUUAAUGAGCUUGUGCAGAAGUCCAAGUACUUUAUCGAUUAAUGCCUGCUGUAUAAAAGGGCUGCCACCUUGAAACAUGUUUUCAGUUUUUCACAAGCUGUUUUAGCUAGAUGUUUUACAUUGUUCCAUACUAGACUAUGUACAUUUGUACAUUUGCAAACUUCACUAUUGGUAUUUUGUUUUGCUUUUAUAGCUCAUAGCUGCUCACUUCCUUACAGCCAUAAAUAGACAUAGAGUCAAAGCAGUACUUUCUACAUAAAUGCUUGCUUUGUUACCAUGAGUGUAAAAUGUCAAGAUGUUAUCUUUGGUCAGUGCAAAGUUAAUUAUGGAGCUAAGCUAAAAUGAGCUGCAGGGUUUCAGGUGACAUUUUGGUCAGCUUUAAAUAUAAAGAGUUUGAAACGUCUUACAGAAUCAGCAGUUUAUAGAUAUAGUAAGUUCUUUUUUUACGUUGUUUUAGUGUUUUUAUAUAUUAUUUUCUUGUAAUGUCUUUCACAAUUAAGCUCUGGACACAAACACCCGAUAACCGGUUAUCAAACAUGUCCCGACCUAUCUUAACACUGAGUCUACGUUCUGCUACCAGCAACUCCAGAAACCUGCUGCUCUUCUUUAUUUUAACCCUACACCUGUGUGUUUCAUAAAAAGUCAAGGAUCAACAUCUUCUUUAGGUGGAGAUCUUAUACUAUUUCUGCAGGUAGAGAAAGAUAGAUUCACUCUUUAGGGCUCUAUUGAUGUGAAGCUGUUCAUAACUCAUGUGCAAGGUGGACAUUUUGAGUCUGGAUGUAAAUAUUACAAUCAGGAGAGACAAGAGCGAUUUGUAUAUUGUACAGAUGAUAAGGAUAAUUAAUCUUAGACUCUGCAGAAAGAUUUAGAUUUUGUAAUCAGUGGACUUCAGCCCUGAGCAGCAGUAGGGUAAAUCCCCUUUGUGGCAUCCAGAAGCUGUUGGUGAUGGCUGAUGACUUCUGCUGAAACUGAUAAGACGAGGUUGAGGUUGAACGGAUGAAACUGCAAAGACUGGUGGUGAUGGGGAGGUGACAGAGCACAUUUAACGGCAGCAUGAAAGCAUAAAAGUCAGAAAGGGUGACCGAUAUAUUUUAAAAGGGCAGCCGUGCUAUUAUAGGCUGGCAACAGAAGUGUGUUGCUUUGCUAUUGGACAGAUUUGAACUGCCGAUAGCUCAAUUGACAGUAAAGAAAAUUACAAUUAGCAUGCGUGAGGGAUGUGAAAGGCCUGAUUGAUAAAUACAACUUCCAAGCUAAUGCAAGAUAAACUUGCUGAGUGUCAUUCAUGGUGAAAGCGAGAUGUGUCUCAACUUUCUAUCAUUACCAUUACAAUUCUUUAUUUAUGUUUUUUAUAACUUUUAUUUACUUAUGUGUUUCAUUUUCUAUUGAUUCAUUCUGUCUUUUAAUUUUAUAUUUAUUGAUGUUUUGUAUCGAUUGCAUUUUCUGUGUCUGCCUAAAAAGAAAAGACAAAAAAAAGAUAAAAAAUUAAAAACAGCAGAAAAAACAAAACAGCAGAUAUUAACAGAGUCAGAAGCUUCUAAUAUCUGCUUUACUGUACAAUAUUAAAGUCUCACAGUUGACCAAUAACUUUUUAUAUGUACAGGUUUUAAACUAAAGGCUCCUUUUAGACUGUAUGACAACAACGAUAAUCUCCAUUUCAGUAUGUGUCAGACUGUAUGAUAACAGUUUGACACAUAGUUUGAGUCAUAGCGUUAUGAUAAGCGUUAAAUAAGUCAAAGCUCCAGCAACACCAACGUGUUUCGGCUUGUGACCUUCAUCAGCUUUAAGGCUGCCAGCCCAAAUGAAACCUCCAUCCUGUUUCUAUGAUAGAAAUAAGCGAAGAUGAGUCAUCACAUCUCAUUUUGAGAAUGAAAGAAGGUUUCUGUAACAAACUUCUUUCCUGUUUUGCCUAAACCUUUUUGGUUUGUAGGCUGUUUUUAGUCACCAACAUUUAAAAAUCAUCGGUGAGUAGACCAGUCUCACGGUCACGACAAAAAAGUUUCUCCUUGAUUGAUAAUCGUCCAUUUUUGUCUCAGACAGGUCAAAGUCACACAGUGUAAAAGGAGUCUUGAUGUUAUGUUGUACAGGUUUGACCAACUAAACUUCUAACUGUGGUUAUGUUCAACCUUUUCAGUUUUUGAAAUAGCUCUUCAUAAACGUAACAAUGCAAGCAGCAUUGUAGAGAUUAGUCGUUUACUGUUUAAUGUUGUUAAUAGUAUGUGGAUGUGGUUUUGUGUUUUUAUCUAGAAUCUUUACUUUUUAUUAUUUUGACAUUUGCAGUCAUGAAAUGUUAUGCUUCAGUACGCUUUGCCUUAGCAUAAGAGAUAACUUACUUUGUUUUGUUCUGGGUCAGGAACGUUCUUUUUUUCAGACUUUAUAUUGUACAACAAUGGGAAAUAAAAACACAAUAGUAUCACAUAGUACAGCUGCUAUUUGGCACAUCUGCUGUGUAAAACCUCUCUGCACUAUACAUUUUGAGUAAUGUAUCCCAUAUAUUUAUUCAGCUGAAUAUCAAUUAUUGCAUCCCUUGGUACCUUCCUAUAAAACCACUCAAUUGUCACUAACUUAGACUCUUAACCAGAACUAUUUUUAAGGGUUAUGCUUUUAACUGAGCGGCUGUGGCUGAGGACGUUGCGCGGUCGUCCACCAAUUGGAAGAUUGGCGGUUCGUUUCCCAGCUCCUCCAGUCCACAUGUCGAUGUAUCCUUGGGCAAGAUACUUAACCCCAAAUUGCUCCCGUUGCUGCGCCAACGGUGUAUGAAUGUGUGUGACUAGUUAGUCUUUCUCCUGAUGAGCAGGUUGGCACCCUGCGUGGUAGCUCCUGCCAUCAGCGUAUGAAUGUGUGUGAAUGGGUGAAUGAGACAUGUAAUGUAAAAGAUUAGAAAAGCGCCAUAGAAGUACAGUCAAGUACAUUAACCAUUUCUGUCUAAAUGGAGGCGACACGGCCAUGUGUUGAACAAAGGAGAAGAAGUUCACAGUAUACUGAAGCCUGGUGUCCAGUAUAAGUAACUAAUUGUGUUGUAAUCUUAAAGUAAGCAAUUAAAG